UUCUCAUAAUAUAGACUUUAAGUCCAUGCAUGCUUCUCUACACACUAAUUUUUUUUUAAAUUUAUUAUGUUGUUCUGCAUCCGCAAGACCCCGAUCUCACUGUGGAAUUUCAGAUUUCAGGGUGUUUUAUAUUUCAUCUGUUUCUAAAUUCUACCUCUUCUUGGUUUUUGUCUUGUUUAAACGGCCCAGAUUUCUCUGCCUCAAUCCCUUCUAUAUUUACGCCCAAAUUACAAAGCCCAUAUUAUUGCUUGUGCUACCACUCCCUUACGGUUCUGACUAAAGGAAAGAAUGUUAAGAUUCACUUUUCCCAACUCUGCCUCCUGCAAUCUGUGAAGGGAAACUGAAACUUAUAAUGAACCUAAGACUGAAAACGAAACCGAAAUCCACUCGCUUGGUAUAAGAGCGGCUGCGGAGGCGCUGAUCUUGGCUCCCCUUCCAGCUUCCACUCGGUUUGCCAUUUUUAUUAAUAACUGCCAUUUAAAGGUGCUGAAGUAAAGAAAACUUGCUAUACUUAAUAUUUACCGGUUAUGACCAGAGGCUCAUAGAGCAGCAAGAAUGGAAAAAUACACAAAGUUUUUAAAGAAAAUUUCACAGUUAAUUUUGGAGGAAAUACCAAAAGCCGAAUAUUCCAGUUUAUUCAAUGAUUUUGUUGAAUCUGAAUUUUUUCUGAUUGAUGGAGAUUCACUACUUAUCACAUGCCUACGUGAGAAAUCAUUAAACUGGGGGCAGAAUCUCCACUUCUUCUAUCUGGUGGAACGCUAUCUUGUGGAUCUUAAGAGUAAGGGAGGACAAUUUGCCAUCGUUUUCUUCAAGGAUGCUGAAUAUGCAUAUAUCAGUUUUCCUGAACUUCUUCCUUUGAGAAGCGCUUUAAUUCUUCAUCUUCAGCGUAAUACCACCAUUGAUGUGCAAACUGAAUUUUCAGGAUGCUUAUCACAAGAGUGGAAAUGUUUCUUGGAAGAGCGUUACCCGUAUUUCCUGAUAGUUUCAGAGGAAGGCCUGAAUGAUGUACAGACACACCUUUUCAACUUUUUAAUCAUACAGUCCUGGGCAAUGAAGGUCCAUGUUGUGCUUUCUUCAGGACAAGUCUCUGAUAUUCUCCGACUUUAUGCGUACCUUAUGCCAAGCAAGUAUAAAAACCAAACGUUUUUCAAGAAGAGUGAAAAGAUGGUGGAAGGUGCUUACAAAACCCUGAUGGAACAAUUGGAAGACAGUAGAGUUUUAACAUUAGCACCUCUUUUUAGAGAUGUUACAUGGACAAAUAUGAUGGAAGAGGCAUGUAAGAGUUUGUCUCUGCUUAAGGAGCUCUGGCCAGAAGGAUCUGACAUCCGGCGUGUUCUUUGCGUUACUUCCUGCUUCCUGUCGUUGAGUAUGUACCAUCAUUUUUUACUGAACAGAAAGGAGACCGCGUCAGAUCAGGUGACUAAUAACUGCCCAGCCCUGCAGAAUGUGGAGGAUUUGUGUAGAAUGCAUUGCCUCAGUGUGGCUUGUCUGCUCCACUUACCUCUUUCUCAAAGAGCUCGUGCUAGAUUCAUCACUUCCCAUUGGAUUAAGGAAGUUAAUUCUUUCUUUAAAAUGAAAAAGUGGUGUGAGCAUUUCAUCCUAAAUAAUAUAGAUAUUUUUGAGAAUCUGAAUUUAACUCAUCUUUCUGACUUAAGUGAUGAGCCUUUGCUGAAGAAUAUUGCUUUUUACUAUGAAAAUGAACAUGUGCAAGGCCUACAUUUGAAUUUGGAAAGUGCCAUUGCAAAGGAGUAUGAAUAUCUCUGGAAUACUGUGUCAAACCUGGUUGAAGGGUAUGAGGUUGGAAAGCCACUUCCUCUGCGAACAACCAAACUUCAUUUUCUCAAAAAGAAUCCUUCACCCAUUAAAGAAAGCUUCAAGGUAAAGAUGCCUAAUUUGGGUUUUAUUCCAGUGUCGUGUAAGCUGGUUGAUGAGUUUGUUGGAGACAUUUUAAAAGAUUUGCCUUUUCUGAAGAGAGAUGAUCCUACUGUUGCUUCCCUGGUUAAACAGAAGGAAUUUGAUGAACUUGUGCACUGGCAUUCCCACAGACCUCUGAGUGAUGAAUAUGACCAGGCCAAGUGUCAAUUUGAUGAACAUUCUAGAGAUCCUCGUGUUCUUAGAUCCAUGCAAAAGUUUCAUGUUUUUCAACGAUUUUACGGGAAUUCAUUAGAAUCAGUCUCUUCAAAAGUCAUUGUAACUCAAACCCUCAAGCUGAAGAAGAAUUUCAGUGGACCCCAAAGCAAAAAGACCCAUGAGACAAAAGCUGAAAUAAUCACUAGAGAAAAUAAGAAGAGGUUGUUUGCCAAGGAAGAACAGAAAGAAGAGCAAAAAUGGAAUUCUCUGUCAUUUUCAGUUGAACAGGAACUGAAAGAGAAUUUAAAUUCUGGAAUAAAGAACCUGGAAGAUUUUUUGAAGUCAUGUAAAAGUAAUUCAGUGAAAUUUCAAGUUGAAAUGGUGGGGCUAACUGCCUGCUUGAAAGCGUGGAAAGAACAUUGCCAAGGUGAAGGUAAAAGCUCAAAAGAUUUAAGUAUCGCUGUUCAAAUGAUGAAAAGGAUCCACUCCUUGAUGGAUAAAUACCCAGAACUUUUGCAAGAGGCAGAUCAUCAGUUCAUAGCCAAAUGCCUUAAGUAUUUAGGAUUUGAUGAGUUGGCAAGUUCUUUACAUCCAACCCAGGUUUCAGGAGAGGAGAUAAAGGAGAAGAAAAAGAAUAAAUAUUCAGUUGACAUUGGACCUAUUCGAUUUCAACUACAAUUCAUGGGCCAUUAUUUGAUACGAGAUGAGAGAAAAGAUCCAGAUCCCAGAGUCCUGGAUUUUAUUCCUGACACAUGGCAGCGAGAGCUCCUGGAUGUUGUGGAUAAUAAUGAGUCAGCAGUGAUUGUCGCCCCAACGUCCUCGGGCAAAACCUAUGCUUCUUACUACUGCAUGGAGAAGGUGCUGAAGGAGAGUGAUGACGGUGUGGUUGUGUAUGUGGCACCAACAAAGGCCCUUGUGAAUCAAGUGUCAGCAACUGUUGAAAAUCGUUUUUCCAAACACCUGCCAAGUGGUGAAGCUCUAUGUGGUGUUUUUACAAGGGAGUAUCGUCAUGAUGCCCUCAACUGUCAGGUACUUAUUACAGUGCCUGCCUGCUUUGAAAUUCUGCUCCUUGCUCCUCAUCGCCAAAAAUGGGUGAAAAAGAUCAGAUAUGUUAUAUUUGAUGAGGUGCAUUGUCUUGGUGGAGAAAUUGGAGCAGAAGUCUGGGAGCACCUCCUUGUCAUGAUCCGAUGCCCCUUUUUGGCCCUUUCUGCUACAAUAAGUAACCCUAAACAUCUCACUGAGUGGCUACAAUCAGUAAAACGGUACUGGAAGCAGACAGACAAUACAAUCGGAGAAAAUUCUGCUUCUAAGAGAAAGACUGGCUCUCAUUCCAAUGUUCACAAAGACUCCUCGCAAAUGAAACAAUCAUAUAAAGUUAGACUUGUCCUCUAUGAAGAGAGAUACAAUGAUUUAGAGAAGCACGUAUGUUCCGUGAAAGACGAUGAUGUUUGUUUUGAUCAUUUUCACCCGUGUGCUGCACUCACAGCAGAUCAUAUUGAAAAGUAUGGAUUCCCUUCUGAUCUUAGCCUCUCACCUCGAGAAAGCAUCCAGCUUUAUGACACCAUGGUUGAAGCCUGGAAAACUUGGCCCAGAGCUCAGGAAUUGUGUCCAGAGGAAUUCAUUCAUUUUAAGAACAAAAUAGUCAUUAAGAAGUUGGAUGCUAGAAAAUAUGAAGAGAGCUUAAAGGCAGAAUUAACCAACUGGAUUAAAAAUGGCCAAAUAGAGCAGGCCAAAAUGGUACUGAGGAAGCUUAGACCAGAUAAAAUUGAUAAUUCAGAAGACAUGGUACAAAUGUUUCCACUUCUUGUUGAGAAACUAAGAAAAUUGGGGAAGUUACCUGCACUGUUUUUUAUAUUCAAUUUAAGAGUUGUAGAAGAAAGGGCUCUAAGUGUAAAUGCUUUUCUGGAGGACAAGCAGGAGACAAAAAGGCCUCCCAAAGCUGAUAAAGAGGCCCACGACAUGGCUAACAAACUUCGAAAAGUUAAGAAAUCCAUGGAGAAGCAAAGGAUAGUAGAUGAAAAAAGUCAGAAAAAGCCCAGAAAAAUGGAUCAAAGCUUAAUACUUGAAGCUGAACGUAAUAAUCUACUGAAGAGUCUGGAGAAGAACCUGGGAAUUCCUCAGGACUGCACAUAUGCUGAUCAAAAAGCAAUAGACAUUGAGAGUUUGCAGGUGGUGUUUGAUCGAGUAAAAUUCCAAAGAAAAGGUGAAGAACUGAAGGCUUUGGCAAAAAGGGGCAUUGGAUAUCAUCACAGCUGUAUGAGCGCCAAAGAAAAACAGUUAGUUGAGAUUCUCUUCAGGAAAGGAUUCAUUAGAGUGGUGACAGCUACAGGGACGCUCGCGUUAGGAAUCAACAUGCCUUGUAAAUCUGUGGUUUUUGCUCAAAACUCAGUCUAUCUGGAUGCUUUAAAUUACAGACAGAUGUCUGGACGUGCUGGAAGACGAGGUCAAGACCUGCUGGGAGAUGUGUAUUUUUUUGAUAUUCCACUACCCAAAAUAGAAAAGCUCAUAAAAUCCAAUGUUCCUGAGCUGCGAGGACAGUUCCCUGUCAGCAUAACCCUGAUCCUGAGGCUCAUGCUGCUGGCCUCCAAGGCGGAUGACCCGGAGGACGCCCAGGCCAAGGUGCUGUCGGUGCUAAAGCAUUCAUUGCUGAGCUUCAAGCAACCCAGAGCCAUGGAGAUGUUAAAGCUUUACUUCAUGUUUUCUUUGCAGUUCCUGGUGAAAGAGGGCUAUUUAGAUCAAGAAGGUAAUCCGAUGGGGUUUGCCGGACUGGUAUCACAUUUGUUUUAUCAUGAACCUUCCAACCUUGUUUUUGUCAGUUUUCUUGUGAGAGGCCUUUUCCAUGAUCUCUGUCAGCCAACCCGGGAAGGCUCAAAACACUUUUCUCAGGAUGUUAUGGAAAAGCUAGUGUUAGUAUUAGCACAUCUGUUUGGAAGAAAAUAUAUUCCAGCAAAGUUCCAAGAUGCUGCUUUGACGUUUCAUCAAUCAAAGGUGUUCCUUGAUGAUCUCCCUGAGGAUUUUAAUGCUGCUUUACACGAGCAUAACAUGAGCGCGACAAAGGACUUUGCCUCUUUCCUACUUAUUGUCUCCAAACUGGCUGAUAUGAAACAGGAAUAUCAACUCCCAUUGUCCAAUAUCGAUUUCGCAGGUAAAGAAUGUGAAGACUCCCAGCUUGUGGCUCACUUGAUGAAUUGUAAGGAAGGGAGGAAAGCCAUUUCACCAUUUGUUUGCCUUUCUGGGAGCACAGAUGUUGAUUUGCUUCAACCACAGGCUAUAGACAAUGUCGUUCUGCGCACAAUAGGUAUCAGCGGCAAUCAGGCUCCUGUGCUGUGGCCACAACAAAUUGAUAACAAAGGAGGAAUAAUGCCACUAAAUGCUUAUGCACUUGAUUUCUAUAAACAUGGUUCCUUGAAAGGAUUAGUCCAGGACAACAGGAUACUUGAAGGUGAAGCUUACUCAUUACUGAAAGAUUUUGCACUCACAAUUAAAUCUAUCAGCGUUUCCUUGCGUGAACUCUGUGAAAAUGAAGAUGACAACGUGGUCUUAGCAUUUGAACAACUGAGUGCAGACUUUUUUGAAAAAUUUAACAAAAUCUAAAACAAGAUCUCCUCCAAACUACUUAAAAUAUUGCCACGGGUGUUUUUAAAGUCAUAUUUUAUGAUUAUCAGGGCUUUGCCAGAAAUACAUAUUUGGGGCUCUAUGACAUGAAAAGAGCAAGCAUUUUGAAGUCAGAGCUAUGAUCAGACUGGCCAUGUUCUAUCAUGUGUACCCUUGGACAAACUAUUGAAUACCUCUGAGUCUCCGUGUCUUUAUAUAAUUGACUAAUAAUGCUUACUUUCCAGGUAGCUUGAGGAUUGAUUAAGAAAAAUGCAUGGAAAAAAACUUGCAUAGAAUAAUAGAUCAAUAAAUGGUAGUUUUGUUAUAUUUUUAGUACUUUGAAGUUAUUUAUAGUUGAAUUUUAAUUUCCAAAUUUAACAUUUUUAAUUAUGCCCCUACUUUAUUGAGGACCCAUGUUAAUACAAGACAAUCAGUUAAGUAUAUAUGCAUUAGUUAUGGAAGAAGAAAAAAAAUAACAUUGAGUCUGCAAGGGACACACUGCUCUCUUUCGGAAGAAGAAUCUGAGACUUGAAGUAUCUUUCUAGCGUCAGUGAUAGCUUUACUGUGAGUCACCCAGGUUGCCUCUUUAGACUUCUCAAAGAUCAUCAGCACAACUUUCUCAUUCUUGGCAGUGGUUAAGGAUUUGUACGUGACUGAAGAACGGUUUUCACUCUGUGAGGACUAAGCGAAUACUAAAUUCUUAUUAUUUUUCUCCUCAGUGUCAUAAUUUGUAAAAGGUCUCCUAAGGGUAGAAUAAGUGAUUAAAGUAAUCUAAAGGUGAAAUACAUUCUUUUAAUAUAAUCACUUAAAUGUGAUUCCAUGAUGCAUGCAUAGCUAUCAAAUAUUUUUAAAAUAUAAAAUUUUUAGUCUAAAUGAGUAUUUUGUUACAAAUUCUGUGAUGCUUUAAAGAAAACAUAUAGCUAAUGAUUUUACUUUGUUUUAAUUGUAUAUAAUAUAGAACUGGGAAACUAUAAAGAAAGACAAUGAGUUCCAUCUAUUUACCACUGGUCUCUGUGUGUUAAUGUAAGCGUCUGUCACGGUGUUUGCAAAUACGUGUGCAUUUUAUAUAUAAUAGUUGAUAUAUAACUGUUUCCUUCCCUAGCCGAAGCCUCAGGUCACAGUUGUGGAAUCUAUUUUAGACUCUUAACUUGAAUUGAGAGCAUUUUAUUUUCUUAGCAAAAGGCGUCUCUCAUCUAAUACACAGAUGUCUUACUGAAAGAACAUAAUUGUAUGACAUUAUUUAUAAAUAGGUUACACUGACUGAGAAAAAUACU